GAAAUAGUGGCUGGAUAGGUUAUGCCUUUUCUGCUUCAAACCUACCUUUUGUAUCAAAAAAUAGUAGAUCUACCUUGUACACCCGUUUCUGUUUUCUUUGUCCUCAUUCUUGAUCAAUUGACGAUUGUUUCGCUUCAAACAAAUGAAACCAUCAAUGGAUUCUCAUGAUGAUGAUUCAAGUAAAGAUGGAUCAUCGGAAGGAGAUAUUCACAAUACUUCAAACUCAGAUGCUGAAGGUGUCUGGUCUGCUGACAUUGAACAAAGCUUUCAAGAAGCUCUUGCCAUUUAUCCACCUUGUGGUCGACGUAAAAUUAUACUUUCUGAUGAAGGUAAAAUGUAUGGACGCAAUGAGCUUAUAGCUCGUUACAUAAAAUUGCGUACUGGUAAAACUCGUACGCGAAAACAAGUAUCCAGCCAUAUUCAAGUGCUUGCUCGGAGGAAAGCCAGGGAAAUGCAAUCUAAACUGAAGACACAACUUUGGCAGCCUGCUGUCGGUCCAACAGCCACCGUCGAUAUUAAACCAUUCAAUGAACUUAAAACUUUCAACAGUGCAUCCAACUCGUUAUCCAAUUCUACUCUUCAAUAUAAUGUUCUCAGCAAUUAUAAUGUCCCUUCAUUUGAUGAUAGAUGCAUAGCUACACACGAAUUGAGACUUUGUGAAUUUACAGCCUUUCUUGAAAUCGGAUCCGGUGCUCAAGCAACCAAGCAUAUUUUUGUUCAAAUCGGCGGGCCUUCUUCGUGUUCUGACCCAAUUUUGGAAGACAUCGAUAUUCGCCAAAUUAGUGAUAAAUUUCCUCAAAACAAAGAAGGUCUCAAAGAACUGUAUGAUAAAGGUCCUCAGAACGCUUUCUUCUUAGUUAAGUUUUGGGCUGAUCUAAGUAUUCCUCAAGAUCUUAUGUUCGAGAAUGCCUUUUAUGGAGUUACUGCCAUGUUCGAAUCAGCGAAAAGUAUGGUGAUAACUUGUUCCACAAAAGUUUGUUCUUUUGGUAAACAAGUGGUUGAAAAGGUUGAGGUUGAAUAUCCAGCUUAUGAAAAUGGAAGGAACGUUUAUCGUAUUGAAAAAUCACCCAUGUGUGAAUAUAUGAUUAAUUUUAUUCAUAAACUGAAGGACUUGCCGGAAAAAUAUAUGAUGAACUCUGUGCUAGAAAAUUUUACAAUUCUCCAAGUUAUAACUAACAGGGAAACACAGGACACUCUAUUGUGUAUCGCCUUCGUUUUUGAAGUGUCAUCCUCGGAACAUGGAGCCCAACAUCAUAUUUAUAGAUUAACCAAUAACGACAAUUGAUAUAGCAAACAUGUAUCAAUUAUUUUGUGUACGAUUUUCUUUUUUUGUAAUCCUUUCUCUCUCUCUCUCACACACACACACUUCCUCUUCCUCUUGUUCAUGCUUGCUAUAUCUUAUUCUCACUCUGUUUUUCUUCAUCUUCUCCCUGUUUAUUCACUUGAGGCCCAAACAAUCAACAAACCACACUGACCAGCUUAAAAACUAGUGGACUUCUCCUUUUUUAGAUACCUAAUCAGUUAGUUUUACGCCCUUUUACCUUAUUCCCAUAACCUUUUGCUGUCUUCUUCUCUCAUCCUCAUUCUCCUUUUUUUUCAACUUUUAGCUUCUUACCUCGCAAAAUUCUCUUCAUGAGCGCAACAAUUACCCAAAACAAAAUCAUCAACUUUACAAAAUUGACAUCUUUCAUUAUUCAUCGAUUGAAAAGCAACCAUAGAUGCAUACGUUAACCAACACUUGUCAACAUAAUUUGGAGAGGAAAAAAACAAAACAAAAGAUGUGAUCUCAAUCUAAUUUAACACAUUUUUUUAAUUUAAAAUUCAUAUGUGUGUAUUUCGCAAGGCAAUCAUUAAAAUACACACAUAUAAACAUUAGAAUAGAAACAAAAAAGAAACAAAAAGAAAACCUCAAAUCAAAUAUUCAACUAUGUUGACAAAUGCGUCAUGAUUGAUGAUUAGCUCAGGUGUUUAAUCUUUUUUAUCUAACCAAUCAAUGAAUACGAAAGGUGAUGUUUUCAAUGAUGAUGGUAGGAUAAAUGGAUGAACGAAUUAUGAUCACCUUUCCUUUCCCCAAACUAAACAAAGUAUCUCAAAUUAACUAAAAACAAAAGUAUAAACAUGAUGUAUCAUCUACAAUUUACAUGAUACUUUAGUCCCAAGGCCCUUGUUUCUUAAUCAUGAAUAGUUUUUGAUGCAGUGAUCUUACAUAUAUUUAUAUUUCAAGCACCACACAUGUAUAAGCUACAGACACUGACACACACACACCACAAAUCCACACACACCCUAAGACGAAUUGAUGCUGAUUUUCACCUUUUUCACCUUUUCCAUCUUCUAUCUUCUCUCUUUCCUCUUUCCUUUUCUCAUCUUUUCUCCCUUAAAAUUAUGUUUUAUUCAAUCUUCUUAUCCAAUCUUUAUCUCUCUCUCUCUCUCUCUCUCUCUCUUGAAUCCAUCAUUUUAUGUUCACAGGGUGUUAUGUAAAUUUUGUACCAUACCAUCAUUUAUUUCAUCUCAUUAACACUCAAACUUGAUCACUACAGUAGUGGUUAGGGUUAAGUUAACAAAAGUGGAGAUUUUUUUCAUAGUCGCCAUUUAACGCAAAAUAAAAGCACCUUUAAGAUCGAAUUUGAUUUUGUCCAUUUCUCUAUUGUCUAGUUUCUCUGAAAACUAAUUGUUACCGAGAUGGCGAGACUUGAAAAUUAACUUAACUCUGGCCCUAUUUUGUUAACUUAACCCUAACCUCUACUGUACCAUAAUCAUUAUCUAUUUAUUAAUUAAAUUGUAUUUACUAUCAAA